AUGGCUGAAGACGCAUUAAAGCCCCUCAUCCGCAAGCGCGGUCAUAUUAAGGGAAGUCUCACAAGACUUAUAAAUUCCAUUAAAGAAUCGCCGUUGCAUCUUUCAAACAUGGAGGACCUAGCGGUAAGGGAAAAUCGCUUAAUUACUCUGUUUGCAAGCUACGAGGCGAUCUGUUAUGAGAUCUGCACCCUAACAGACGAGGAUAGUGAGCCUUUCACGGAAAUUGAAGAAAAAUACAUGUCAAGUUUAGCUAACCUUCGAGAAUGCAUUGCCAAAAUGAAUCAAACAUAUUCUCGCGAUAAUGUUAAAACUAAGCUACCGGUCAUUAAUAUUCCAAAUUUUACUGAUAAACGCGCUCUAGCACUUGAGAACUCGGAUAUGGCAGGACGAUAUGCUUCAAACCAGGGACAAGCUCAACGCCAGCCACCUCGCCCACCAAAGGUAGUCGGAAUGGCUGCAAGUGUAAGUAAUCCAGCCAGCGUUGUCGUUGCAUCCUGUAUGUUCUGUGCUGGGUCAUGA